AUGACGCGCGUGUAUGGAAAUGACGAUAUCGCGGUGUUGAUCCAAUUCUCUGGCAUUUCCAAUAGCCCCCACCUCAUCCCGGUGAUAUUGAUAGUUCUGCUCUACCUUGGCAUCGCCCUCAUCUGCGCGCACGUCCAUUGCUUCGUAUAUCGGCUUAAGGCAAUCGAAGCCGUCUAUAUCGACGUACCAUUCGAAAACAUCUGGAGUCAGCUGGCUAUCCUCCACGGACUGAUCGUCAUCCCGUUGCUUGCCGUACUCUUUGACGUGCUUCGGUUUUCCUCAAUUGAGCAGGAUGUGCUGGGAGCCCUUCCCCUGCCCCUCCCCAUCGUGUCCCUCGUCGCACUCGCCGGCCUACUCGGUUUCUACCUGUUGCUCACAAUGCUCGUGCUCUAUAAGCUCACCCGAGCCCUGGCCGACCCAAAAAUGAUCGACCACAAAUUCUUCUCCCACCAUCGGCGGGCCAUCAUUGAGUUGUUGCUCAUGUUCUUCUACCCUGUGCUCCUCGCCACCGCGCUCACCAACUUUCACCAUGUAUACCCCAUUUUUGCCCUCUCCACCCUGCAAUGCUGGGUGUUCAUCUACUCGGCGCUGCUCUCCCUUUCGGUCCCCUUCAUUCACAAG